UUGAAAUUACUGAAAAGAGACCAAAAGUUCUUAACAAUAGCGGAGAGCAGAGACUUUAAGAGGCAAAGAAGAAAGCGUCCAUUUCAAACUAUAAAUAAUAGCGGGACUAGGGUUUGUUUUCUUUUGUUUUGUUUCUUCUUCACAGAAAAGAAGCCUCUAGAAUAUUUGCAAAGAAACAAGACAGUCUUAGAAACAAAGAAAGAAGAAGAUGAUGAGGCCCAGGUGUUUCUUGGACAUAAGUAUUGGAGGAGAACUCGAGGGAAGAGUCGUUGUGGAGCUGUACAACGAUGUCGUUCCGAAAACAGCAGAGAAUUUCAGGGCGCUUUGUACUGGGGAGAAGGGCAUUGGUCCUAACACUUCUGCUCCUCUCCAUUUCAAGGGUGUCCGCUUUCAUCGUGUCAUUAAAGGGUUCAUGAUACAAGGAGGAGAUAUUUCUGCUGGAGAUGGCACUGGUGGAGAAUCAAUCUAUGGGUUGAAGUUUGAAGAUGAGAAUUUUGAAUUGAAACAUGAACGAAAAGGAAUGUUAUCCAUGGCUAAUGCUGGCCCUAACACAAAUGGCUCUCAGUUCUUCAUCACAACAACUCGUACUUCUCACUUAGAUGGAAAACAUGUUGUGUUUGGGAAGGUCGUUAAAGGAAUGGGAGUUGUUCGUUCAGUUGAGCAUGUCACAACUGGUGAAAAUGAUUGCCCCACUGUUGAUGUUAUAGUUACUGAUUGUGGAGAGAUUCCUGAGGGAGCUGAUGAUGGGAUAUCUAAUUUUUUCAAAGAUGGUGACGUUUAUCCUGAUUGGCCAGCUGAUCUUGAUAAGAGUCCCAGUGAACUUUCUUGGUGGAUGGAUGCUGUUGACUCUAUUAAAGCUUUUGGAAAUGAAUAUUACAAGAAACAAGAUUAUAAGAUGGCUCUUAGAAAGUACCGGAAGGCUUUGCGUUAUUUGGAUAUCUGCUGGGAGAAAGAAGGAAUUGAUGAAGAGAAGAGUUCAACUUUAAGAAAGACAAAGUCACAGAUCUUCACAAACAGCUCUGCUUGUAAAUUGAAAAUGGGGGAUCUUAAAGGGGCAUUAUUGGAUACAGAGUUUGCAAUGCGUGAUGGAGAUAACAAUGUGAAAGCUUUGUUUCGUCAAGGUCAGGCUUACAUGGCCCUUAAUGAUGUUGAUGCGGCUGUUGAAAGCUUUGAGAAGGCACUGAAAUUGGAGCCAAAUGAUGGUGGAAUAAAGAAGGAGCUUGCAGCUGCUAAGAAGAAGAUUCAUAAUAGACGCGAGCAAGAGAAAAGACAAUAUCGCAAGAUGUUUCAAUAGCACUUUAGCCAUCAACUGGCUGCCAAUACCUUAAUGUUCAAAAUAGUUGGAUGGAGUUAACUGGUUCAGGCUUUUUCUUUUUGCCAUUAAAAGCUCAGAUAAUUUGGUGGGAGUAUAUCAGGUCUUGUUUUACAGCAAAUUCAACUGUACAAAUUUGAUGCUUGAACCAAUUUUUAAUAAGAGUUAUUAUACAAAUUUAUUUUGGACUGUAGCAUUUAGUAAUAUAGAACCUUCAGAAGCUGUCGAACUUUUACCAAAUUACAUUUCAUUUUGUUCCAUUUGAAGUUGGCUAUAAAACGGAUAAUUUUGGUGGACCUAA